AUGCUGGAAACGUCACAUUCAAAACAACGUGUGCUGGAGCUGACAGAGCGCUGGAAUAGCUGAGCUGCUGCAGCGGGACUUUUAAUUGUACAUAUGAAUCAUGACCAAACAGAUCAAAUCCAAUGUCUGCCUCGAAACCCAUCAGAUUUGUUUUACUCUAAGCAUCCAGUUAAAAUAUGUGCUCCCAUGGUUCGAUACUCAAAAUUGCCAUUCCGGACGCUUGUGAGAAAGUAUGACUGUGAUUUAUGUUACACUCCAAUGAUCAUUGCAGCUGAUUUUGUGAAAUCAGCAAAGGCUAGAAACAGCGAGUUUACAACAAAUCAAGGAGAUAAGCCCCUUGUUGUUCAGUUUGCAGCAAAGGAGUCCCAGGUUUUAGCUGAUGCAGCACGCUAUGUCAGUCCCUUUGCUGGUGGAAUAGAUGUCAACUGUGGGUGUCCUCAAAGGUGGGCAAUGUCUGAAGGUUAUGGAGCCUGUUUAAUAAAUAAACCUGAAUUAGUUAGUGAUAUGGUGAAAACCGUACACAAUCAAGUUGAGAAUCCAAGCUUUUCUGUUUCCAUUAAAAUAAGGAUUCACAGUGACAUCAGCAGAACAGUUGACCUAUGUCGGAAGGCUGAGGCUGCCGGUGUGUCCUGGAUUACAGUUCAUGGAAGACUUACUGAAGAAAGGCAUCAGCCUGUGCACUAUGAUUCUAUCAAAAUUAUAAAAGAAAGUGUGUCUAUACCUGUCGUAGCCAAUGGAGAUAUCAAGAACUUAAAAGAAGUUUCACAAAUUCACAAGAUUACAGGGGCUGAUGGUGUCAUGGCUGCCAGGGGACUCCUUGCUAACCCAGCUAUGUUUGCGGGAUAUGAAGAGACUCCACUGAGCUGUAUUCAGGAUUGGAUUGAUAUUUCAUUGGAACAUGGAACUCCCUUUGCGUGUUUCCAUCAUCACUUGAUCUACAUGUUGGAGAGAAUUACAUCAAAACAAGAGAAGAGAGUUUUUAAUGUUUUAUCUAGUACAUCUGCAGUUCUAAAUUAUUUGAAAGAUAACUAUGGGGUGUGAAAGGUCUUCAUGUUUUCGGAUUAUUGUGAAAAUCCAGGUCUGUCAUAUAUAGAUAGAGUAGCACAUUUACAAAAUGUUAUUUUAAAGAACUCGACAGUUCCCCCUAAAAUCUUCUUAUCUGACAUUUAUUGCAUUCUAAUAUCUAGCCAUUUUACAGAAAACACCUUUCAGAGUGAUUUUUUAAAACAAACCCAGAAAUUAAAACAUACUAGCAGUUUUAUACAAGAGACCCCUUGCAUUUUAGUUUGAAAAGUAUUAGUCUUUCUUAUAUACGAGUUCUGACAAGCUUUAGGGAUCAUUUGCAACCAGUGGUUUAGUUUGGACCAUGCAUUCUCAGUAUACAAAUAUUCUAUUUUCCCUUAAAGUCAAACAUUCUAUACAAAGUUUUGUUGGAUUGAGGGUGAUUACGUUUUUAAAAUCUGCCCAACUCACCACUUAAAUGCAAAAAGUUAACUUCCCUGGUAUCUGAAUGUUUAGCACAAGCAGUAAAACUAAAAGGUAUCCAGACUUCAGCUUUCAAAAUUAUUCCCAAGUUCAACUAAACUAUCAUUUUAAUAUCAGUCCAUUGCGGUCAACAUAAGAUUUACAUGUUCAAGUACACAAUUUAAGGUUCUGCCAACUCUUCAAAGAGGGUUAUUAUUUGACUUUUUGUCAAUAAUCAUGUACACUCUAGUCUUGACAAUUGAAAAAUUACACUGUAGGCAAUAGUGUAGCAUAGUUUAUGGGAAAUGUGACCGAUUUUAAUCAACGUGGAUUUUU